CACUCAGGCCUUCCAUGAAGACAUAGUGAUAGAACCCUGGCCUUAAGUCCGUUAUCUUGAUGCUGUUAUAAGCCAACAUUCCAAAAAUAAAUAAAUAAAUAAAAAAAUAACAGAAAUUAACAGCAACUACAUACAGAUCCCAACAUUUCUGAACUAGAAGCAUUUUCUCCCCAGGGGAUGGGAUUACAGGUUUGACAAAUACUCUUCAUCUGGAAAAAAAAAAUAAAAAUAAAAAAUCACCUCUCUACCUCCCUGCCCCCAUCCCUCUCCACCCUUCUCCCUCCCCCCUGGGGCACGCAUCCUCUGACCACCUCAUCUCACUGGAAAGUUGAAAGAAAGCAGCACCCCAGCUGCACCCCUGUGAGCUCCCUGGGCUGGCACCCCGAAGUUCCCCGGCUGAGCCCUCCUCCCGGAGCCGGCGGCACAGGAGCUGGUACCUGCUCCGCCUCUCGCGGAGCCUGAAGGUCUGUCCGCAGCCCGACAGUUGUGUCUCCAUCUGGCUGCCAACCCACCCAAGCUUCCUUCUCCUCCACCGCCGCCACCUCCCCUCCUUCCCCCUCCCCUCCUUCCCUUCCUCUCCGGCUUCCCUCCCCACCCCCGCCCCCAAUCUCCUCCUCUUUUUCUCACUAAAAACGGCUGCUGCUACCGCUGCUGCUGCCGCCGGAGCCGAGCGUCACUUGGGUUCGCACCGCAGACAUGGCGACCCUGACAGCGGUCCAGCCGCUCACCCUGGACCGAGAUGUUGCCAGAGCAAUUGAAUUAUUGGAAAAACUACAGGAAUCCGGAGAAGUCCCAGUGCACAAGCUACAAUCCCUUAAGAAAGUGCUUCAGAGUGAGUUCUGUACUGCUAUUCGAGAGGUGUAUCAAUAUAUGCAUGAAACGAUAACUGUUAAUGGCUGUCCCGAAUUCCGUGCCAGGGCCACAGCAAAGAGUGUAGAAGGUGAACAUCAUGAGAAAGCUGUGGAACUACUCAAGGCUGCUAAGGACAGCGUCAAGCUGGUGGUGCGAUAUACCCCGAAGGUCCUGGAGGAAAUGGAGGCUCGCUUUGAGAAGCUUCGGACAGCACGGCGUCGGCAGCAGCAGCAACUGCUAAUUCAGCAGCAGCAACAGCAGCAGCAGCAACAAGCACAGCAAAACCACAUGUCAUAGGUACUUGAAGUAAAGCUACUUGAUCAAACAUCCGAUAGUCACAAAUUUGAAACCAUACGUCUGAAUCCCAGCACAUAGUAAAAAGAGAAGACAACACUGAUCAUUAUACCUGUCAAGAAGCUGUGAACGCGUGGUGUGUAAAUUCUUUACCAAGGCACCUCGACACCUUCUUUAUCUGGGCUGCACCCGGGCUGCCUGCUGCUCUUCACACACACAGACCUUCCGUUCACUGCAGUGGGAAUCCUCUGUGUGCCAUGGAGAGGUUUUCCCGUCUGCAGACUGAAAUAGUGUAAAAAUAAAGUCCAUGACUUUCAGAUUAAUCACCAGGGCCAGGAUUAAGUAAACCUUGGGUCUAUAGUUUUCCCAGAGAUGAACAAAACCCUCAUUAAGCUAUAGUUCAAACUGCAUCAGUUCAAUAUUGUCACCACUUAAAACCUACACAUUGCCCCUUACCCUGACCUGUUUCACGUCCAUAUUGCUGAGCUGUCAGAAUUAGAAAUUCAGUUAAUUGCAAAGUCAACAUCUUUUGCCCUUCUUGAAAACAAGUGAUUAUACUAUAUUUAUACACUCUUCAGGUUCUUGAAGCAAUUGGCUUUUUAUUUUGUUUCCUUGAAUUUUAUUAUGCAUUAAUAGAGUAGGCUGAUAUAGCUUAACCUUUAGUUUGCUAGAAGCAAGGAUAGAAAAAUCUAGUACUGUAAUUUUUUUUUAAUUUAAGCAUUGCUUGUAGCUAUUAUUAAUUCAGCAGAAUAUAAUGUAUAUUUAUUCCACAAAAUAUAUAUUAUUAGAGUGUAUUUGUUACAAACUUAGGUCUUUCCUUACCAAAUAUUAUGAAUCUGGUAAGAGAAUAUUAUUAGCAAAGGACCUGGUUUCAUGAACUGAUCCUCAUAUGAUAUUUAUAUAUAACCCUGCCCUCAAUAUUAUUUUUUGGUUUUAUAUUUUUGAUUGAUAGGCUCUAGAGAAAUCUACACUCUUUCUGCCUACAUUGAUGUGCUGUAAUAGAAGUCUAUUUGAUAUUUUAAAGCUUACAGCUUUAACAAAAACUAAAUUAUAAUACGUGUGCGUGUAUAUAUAAACAAAUAUGUAUGUCAUACAAAGUUUACAUAAAUUUCUUCAAUUAUAAAAUGGAGAUUUUUGGCAAUCUAUGAUCCAAAGUAUUAUCCCUUCUAAAAUUAGGCAUAUGCGAACCAGUGAUACUAAUAUUGUGAAUGAAAAGACACUGCUGCUUCUAGGGGGUAAAGAUACCGCCUUCAUUCCACAAUUCAUGUAAGUAAAUAGACAAUGAGGUAAUCAUCUUUCAGAAUCUAUAAUUUACUGGAAAAUGACCUGUUAGAGCCACAUGUACAGGUUAUAACUUUUUAGCUUAUGGUAAACCUAGGCACAUAAGUCUGGUUUUACUCUAUGGAAUGAAUAGGGAGCAAUAAUUAUUUGGGCAUUUAAAUAUCUUAAGCACACAAGGGUACCUGAAAAAAGAAUAAAUAUCCAGUAGAAGUAUUCUAGGUAGAUCAUUAAAACUGAGGCAAGUAUUUGAAUAUCCCCUCUUCUCAAAUGCAGAAAUUGAUCACCAAAGGUAAAAUAGAAUUCUCACAUUUUAGACAGCCCUCCAAAUCAAAAAUCUAUAAAGCUCAGUUUAGGAACUGUUUUCAAGAAGAUAAACAAAUCAGGAUUACCCCACACAUUUUAGUUUGCCCUGUCAGGUGACGAUGUCCUCAAUGCCAAGUUCUGCCUACUCUUCAUAGCCCAUCACCCAACAGAGGAUAAACAGCAAAGAAACUAGGAGUUAUACCAACUUCAACAAGAUUCUGCUGUAGUAACAGAUUCUCAGGCUUAAAAACAUCAUUUUUUACUAGACAGAGCUGGGUGGAGGGCAAGGCUAAGGACUCUGAAUAUUGUGUAAAAUAGGUUUGCAAAAGAAAUAAGCAUGACUAAAGAGAACAAAUGGAGACCACUUGAGUAUUAUUCAGUUUGAAAGAGAUAGUUCUCAUUUUUAUAGGAAAAGUUUAAUAAAACAUAUAUUUUAGUUAUCAUUUAACAAAGAAAUAUUAAAGGUAUUCAGGCAAUGCCACUGAUUCUCAGAAAGAGAAGUCAUUGAACCUUUGUAAUGAGGAAAUGGUCAUUUCAACACAUUUUAAUACAUUGUAUAAAUUUGGAGCUUAAGGUAUGUUUUUAUUUAGCUGUAUUUGGUUAAUGUUAAAUUAUCAUGUUUUAACAUCAAUAUACAUAUUUUCAUGGAGUUACAGAACAAUUAACAAAUGAGCAGAUACCUUACAUUUGUGUUUUCUAGAAGUUUUUGUAUUUUUGUGCUUCAUUUGCAUAAAGAUAAAUGCUAAUACAUUUUUGCCAGGCCCUUUGUCACAGUGGAUGGGCAAUCCAUCACACGUAAGACAUUUAAGAACAAAGUACAUAUCCCAGUGUUCCUGCAUACAAGUGUCCAAUCAAAUGGACACAUUUCUUUAGUAAAAUCUAGUUGUUGAAAUGUAAAUCUUCCCCUAAAGUUUUAGUCAAAAGUAACUACGCCCAAGACUUAAAGAGGGGAGGGGAAAAAUAAAAGCUCAACCGGUGUGUUUCA